AGUCUAGGACUCAACAGCAUGGGCUCUCAUUCGCCAUCCGUGGUCAGAAACGAAUACUUCAGACCUCAAGCGGUUUAAUCAUGUUUGUUAUAAUCCACAGUUCAAUUUAGAAAAGCCCGUGGAAUUUCAGAGCUGAUUACCUACAACAGCAUUGCAAGCAAGUCGUGUCGCACCGUUUUGAUUUUACUUUCAAAUUUGGACUUCAUUUCUUUUCGUGCACGAUAGUGCUCGAAAGUAUAUUUUCUGAUUCAUCUGGACUUGGUGUGGAGACCUCUUAUAACAAGGCAUAUAUUCUUCCAAAUGCAGAUUUAACAGCUGCUUGUGUUGCCGAGAGGGUUGAAGAGAAGCCAGGAACCUAGUUUGGGUGGUGGAGAAAAGCCCCCAGCCUCCAGACCGCUUCUCCGUCCUCCAGAGCCUUGAGCUGAGCUCCUGCGAUCGGCAGCCAUGGCCUUCGGAGACCUGCUGGAGCAGGUCGGCAGCACGGGCCGCUUCCAAGUGGUGCACGUCACCCUCCUGUGCAUGCCCAUCCUCAUGAUGGCCAGCCACAACCUGCUCCAGAACUUUGUGGCCUCCGUGCCCCCCCACUUCUGCAGCGCCCACGCCAACCGCAGCGCCCUGUCCCGCCUCAGCCAGGAGGAGGUUCUCCUGGUCACCGUGCCCCUGGACCAGCAGGGACGACCCCAGCGAUGCCAGCGCUACGCUUCCCCCCGGUGGUCUUUGCUGGUACAGAACGAGACCGCGGGGUCCGAGGGUGUUCCGGAAGGGGCCGACCCAGAGCUUCAGGGAUGCGCGGACGGCUGGGCCUACAACAUGACGGAGAUGACCUCCACGAUCAUAUCAGAGUGGGACUUGGUCUGUGACCUGCGCUCUUUGAAGCAGAUGGCACAAACCAUUUACAUGGGAGGGGUGCUCGUGGGAGCGGUGAUCUUCGGGAGCCUGUCCGACAGAUUUGGACGGCGCAUCCUUCUGCUUAUCUCCAACCUGAUGAUCGCCGUGGCGGGGACGUGCGCCGCCUUCUCCACCUCGUUCUCCAUGUUCUGUGUCUUCCGCUUCGUCUGUGGCAUGGGCCUGUGCGGUCUGGUGCUCAACUCCUUCUCCUUGAUCGUGGAGUGGAUUCCCACGCGUGUGCGGACAGUGGUGGGCACAGGGACGGGGUACUGCUACACGAUGGGCCAGUUGAUCCUGGCAGUUGUGGCCUACUUUAUUCGAGACUGGAGGUGGCUGACCUUGGCGGUCUCUUUGCCGUUUUACGUCUCCUUUCUCUACUCAUGGUGGUUCCUGGAAUCGGCAAGAUGGCUGGUCUUGAAUAAAAAGUCUGAGCAAGCGGUCCAAAACCUUAAGGCUGUGGCUCGUUUCAACGGACGUCAUGAGGAAGGGGAGAAAAUCAACCUCGACAUGCUGCAGGAGUCCAUGAAGAAGGAAAUGUCCUGUUCCCAGGGGACCCACUCUGCCCUGGACCUGUUCCGCACCCCCUCCAUGAGGACCACCACUAUCUGCCUCAGUGCUGUCUGGUUUUCCACAAGCUUUGCGUACUACGGCCUGUCCAUGGACCUGCAAAAGUUUGGCGUGGACAUCUACUUGAUUCAGGUGAUUUUCGGAGCGGUGGACAUCCCUGCCAAAGUGGUCGUCACCGUGUCCAUGAGUAUGCUUGGGCGGCGGCCUUCUCAAUGCGCCGCGCUCAUACUAGCUGGCGUGACCGUCCUCAUCAACCUCGCAGUCCCAUUUGAAAAGCAGAUGUUGCGCACCACGCUGGCUGUGGUGGGGAAAGGGUGCCUGGCUGCUUCUUUCAACUGCUGCUACCUCUACAGCGGAGAGCUGUACCCCACCGUCAUCAGGCAGAACGGUAUGGGUUGGGUAUCCAUGAUGGCUCGUCUGGGUGCCAUGGUGGCUCCUAUGGUUCUUCUCUCUGCGGACGCGGUGCCCUGGUUGCCAGGUUUCAUCUACGGGGGAGCUCCAAUCUUAUCUGGGGUGUUUGCCUACUUCCUCCCAGAGACCCUUGGCUCACCGUUACCCGACACAAUUCAGGACGUGGAGGAGAGGGGGAAUGGAAAAAGAAAAAGCCCAACGUCCUCACCUAGGAAGGAGGAGCUAGUCUUGCAGGAUCCUAUCACGACGUUGCUAAAGGAGAGUGCAUGAGCACACGCACUGUGUUACUGCUCUUUGUUGUCAAAUGUAAAUAGAUAGAAUACUUUUUAACUGAAGAUAUUGCAAUUGCUAUGUUGUAUCCAUCCUAUUCUCAAUAUAAACAUGGUGUGAUUGUUCUUGUGGGAUUUGGUUUCAUAUCUGGACCCUGCAAUUACACAUUGUGCCUGGGAAUUAUUUAUAUUAACUCUAAAUUAGUCCAGUACUUUUUUUGUAUGUCUUGUCUCAUAUCUCAUAUGUCGUAACCAGAUUGUUGUAGGACAUGGACUAGUGAAUGAAUGAGAGCUUGGUUGAUUUAAUACUAUCCUAUCUUCUUUCUCUUCCAUAAAAUCGUUCUCCAACUCCAAGUCAAUCCAGGUAUUAAAGUUACCCUCAAUUGUUAA